GCUGUUUUCAGAGGUCGGCCUCGUUCUGACUGUCAGACAGUUUAAUUCCUGUUAUUAAACCAGUUAAUAUGUUUUAAUAAAUCUGUCCUUCUGCUUUUAUUCAGUUUUAUUCAGUAUCGGAGGAGCUGAGGGAGGUGAAGGGCUCUUCGUACAGUGACAUUUCUCUCUAUAGUCUCUCGUGUUUUGUGUGUUUGGUAAGAACAGCAGGCUCAUAUAAACACGAACAGUCGGGUCAGAGGUUGGUGUAUUUUAGUGUAAAGGUUUUCUUUUUAUUAUUUAGUUAUGGCGGCUAAUAUUGAUCUGACUCAUGAGGGCACACUGAUUGUGGCCAUGGAGUCUACAGCCUGUGACCCUCACCACGCUUCUCUACCAGAGCUUUCUGGACUCUCCUCAAUCACCUCCCAGAGUGAGUUUGUAGAUGGUUCUGAGCAGCAACUUCGGGUGUAUCUCAGAGUUCGUCCUUUCAGUAAAGAAGAGCUCAACAACAAUGAAGACCAGGGUUGUGUUGUUCUGGAGAACACACAAACUGCUGCACUUCACGCUCCUAAAGGUUCUGCCACAAUGAAGAGCAGUGAGAAGGGAAUCGGCCAGCAGCUUCACAAGUUCAGCUUCACCAAGAUCUUUGGGUCAGAGUCGACUCAGGCAGAGUUCUUUGAUGGAACAAUCAGACUUCAAGUGCAGGACUUCCUGCAGGGCAGAAAUGCGCUAGUGUUCAGUUAUGGAGUGACCAACGCUGGAAAAACUCAUACUAUUCAAGGUUCUCCAAAGGAUCCUGGGAUUCUGCCUCGUGCUCUGGAGGUGGUGUUCAGGCACAUCAAUGGCCGCAUGUAUGAGCACAUGGACCUUAGGCCGUAUCUGAGUUCUGAUGUGCAGCAGCUGGACCCAGAUCAGAUCAGGGCAGAGAGAUGUGCCAAGGCAGCACUCUUCAGUCUUCUCAAAGAGGAAUCAGAGUCUUCCAGAAAUUGCAGGAGUAGGAGCUCCUCCUCUUCCUCAAUCAACAGCCUGUCUUUUUCUGGAGUCUCUUAUGACCAGACAGUGGACAGUGUGGAGGUAGCUGUGGAUGACGUGCAGUGUGUCUACUCUUUAUGGGUGGCGUACUAUGAGAUCUAUAAUGAGCAGGUGUAUGACCUGCUUCAGCCAAGUCUCACCAACAAAACAAAGAGGCGUCCUGCACUGCGUGUGUGUGAGGACAGUGCUGGAAACUCGUAUGUCCGAGAUCUGAGGUGGGUAAACAUACAGGCAGCUGAGGAGGCUAGUAAGGUGCUGCGUGUUGGAAAUAAAAACCGCAGUGCUGCAGCCACCAAAAUGAACCAGUCAUCCAGCAGAAGCCACAGCAUCUUUACUAUCAAGCUGAUGCGUAUUGAUGGUGGCAAUGUCAAUGGAAUUUCAGAGCUCUCUCUGUGUGACCUGGCUGGUUCAGAGCGAUGCAACAAGACUAAAACGUUUGGGGAGCGUCUGAAGGAGGCGGGAAAUAUUAACAACUCACUGCUGAUCCUGGGAAAGUGCAUUGCAGCCUUGCGCAAUCAAAAUGACCGGGUGAAGAGCAGCUACAUUCCAUUUCGUGAGAGCAAGCUUACCCGCCUCUUCCAGGGUGUGUUCUGUGGCCGUGGUAAAGCCUCUAUGAUUGUAAACAUCAAUCAGUGUGCCUCCACUUAUGACGAGACCCUCCACGUCAUGAAGUUUUCUGCUGUGGCCAAAGAGGUGCUUCAGGUUAUCCCGCCACGCUCCCUUGAGUCUCUGGCUCCCAGACUGAUUGGUCGAGAUGGUAAACCUUUGCUAAGCAACAGUGUGAUUGACUGCCAGGCAGUGGAUGAUUACCUGUCAGAAGAUGAGCUGUUGGAUGGUGAUGAAGAUGCAGACAUGUCAAUACUACCUCAGGAGGAGCUUUUAAGUUUGGUGGAGAGUCUGCGAGCAAAGCUGUUGGCAGAGCGAAAGAAAAAUCUCCAGCAGGAGAUACAGAUACGCAGAGAGAUGGGUGAUGCCAUGCUUCAGCAGAUCAUGGAGAUUGAGGAGAUUCACAGUCGUCAGAUGGCUGAUUUGAAGGAGAACUAUGAGGAGAAGAUGGACAGCACAUUUGAGAUGUAUAAAGAGGCGCUGAAGGAGCACGCCUACCAGUGUGCUCUGGAACGCCUGGAGGAUGAUUACGUCCCUCUGGAGGAAUACACAGAAGUGCAGGACCGAGCCAAAGAGCUCGAGAGGCGUGUGAAUGAAUUGGAAUGGAAACAGGAAGGUUCUGCCCCUGUUACAGCUACUCCUGCCUCAGCUGUCCAGCAAGACGACUCUACACAGACUGACCCAGUUCAGUCGUCCACUGAGGAGAUGGAUACUGACCGAUUUAAACUUCUCUACAAGGAGAAAUGUGCUGUGGAACAACUGUGUGCAGAAAAGCAAGAGUUGAUUGUGUCUCUUGAGAAGCGGCUCCAUGAGCUGAACGAAACCCUGCAGGAAGCUGGAGAAAGCUACAUGGAGAAACUCGCUGAGGUCCAGAAUCUCCAGAACAAACUGAACUCUCAGGAGCGAGAAGCUGAGCGGUUGCAGCGUGAGCUCACUGAUAAAGAGGGGGAGGUGCGAGCUCUGAAGGAGGAGGUGACCAAGCUGAUGGCGGACUCUGCAGGCCCGCCUCGUCAGAAACGAGGACUGCUGGUCAACAUCAAAGAAUCUGUGUCCACCCCAUCUACUGGAAACCUGUGCCGCACAAUCCGAAAAUCUGUGCGCACUACUACAACAUCUCUGAGGAAGAAGCCCAGCUGACUGGCUAGACUGUGCUGUUUCUGUGACUAGAUGGGUGUCUGACCUUUUUUCUUUUAUGUAAUGUUCGUUUAUUUAUGUAAUAAAAAUUUUACCACUACCAAACUGCAGUGUCUGGUGAAAUUAUUCUGUCAUGUGCU